AUCGCAGGGCGUGAUGGGCGAAAAGGUGAUUUUGGAGCACAGGGACCUCCUGGUCUGAAAGGUAUUGAAGACACUGAUACGCUAAUGCGCUAAGCUCCCGCUUGCUAUUAUUGUAAGCGGCUUGUUGAUAUCCAUGGUUAUUUUCAUUGCAUUUACUAUCAAGAUUGGAAGCUUGGCUCUUGAAGGUGACCCCCCCCCCUUUUUUUUUUUUCGUUUUAGCACCCCUAAAACUCGUCACUGCAAGCACCCAUGUAUGUCUUAGAUGGUGAAUGCUUUUCAAUGAACAACGUGAUUGUAACUGAGCCAGCUCAAUACUCCAUCUUCAUCCGCUCGGGCUCAGUCCAAAACCUUUCGUACAAUAAUCGUAGAAAUCUCGCGUGCAUAUUGAUCAAGAGCUAUGGUCAAUAAGAUCUUUGAAUAUGGAAGCUUGCAGUGAAUCUUUUAGCUCGAUAAAAUCAUUCAUGUUUUUUUGCAAGAGUCGUCUUCAAAUGUUUGCAGGGGAGGCUGGUUCAGGCGGAAACGUCGGCAAACAAGGAUAUCCGGGACCUAAAGGACAAAAGGGACAAGAGGGGCAGGGGCUGUCUGGAGUCAGUUACGUGCGCUGGGGCCGGACAAGGUGUGAGGGAGAUGGUCAAAUUGUGUACACAGGUAAUAAUAAUAAUAAUAAUAAGGACUUUAUUUAUAGAGGGGGACACGUAACAGCUGAAAAGCUGACAAACCUGUGGCCCUCUAACUAGAUUAUACAGCAUUACAAAAUAAUACUAAUAAAUAGAUAAAUAUACAAAUAAUUACAAAAUUCUAUGAUAGAAAUAGCAGGAUAUAUUAAAAAUAUUCAGAAAGAUAAAAUUAAUUUAUAAAAAAUUAAAAUUAGAUAAUGUGCUAUUGCUUAAUAUUGUUUCAAAGUUGUCCAGGUUUCUAUAUGAGCUUAUAAAAUACUUUUUUCACAGCUGUUUUGAAUAGUUUUAUACUAGGCUUAUUUUUGAUAUUAUGGGGAAGGCUGUUCCAUAACUUAACUGCGUCAACACUGAAUGCCUUGCCACCAUCGUUAUUUCUUAGGUAUUUGGGACACACUAAAUUUAAAUUGCCAUGUCUAGUAGACCUAUUGUGUACAGAACUGUUCGUCUUGAGCAAGUCUCUGAUGUAAAUCGGAACAUCGCCUUUAAGGCUCUUAAAAAUCAUUGUACACUUAUUUAGUUUGAUUUCAUCAAAAAAGGCAACCAGCCUAGUUUACUAAAGUUUAUAACACUUCUAGAAUAAGAGUCAACUCCAAGGAUUACUCGGGCAGCCCUUUUCUGUAACCUUAGGAGACAGUGGAGUUCUUUAGCGUCGCAGAUAUUCCAAACCAUGCUCCCAUACAUAAGGACGGGUUUAAUCAAGGCGUUAUAGUAUAAGAGUCUUUCUUUUAUUGGAAGGUACCUCUUUAUCUUCUUCAAUAAACCAAUACGCUGAGAAAGCUUGGCCUUUAGACUAGAAAUGUGGUCGCUAAAUGUAAGAUCUUGAUCGAGUGUUACACCAAGCAAUUUAUAAGAAGUUACUUGUUCUAUUUCGGCCCCAUCAAGGGUUAUUGACAGGUGAUUGCCUUCCGCUAAUGAUGAAUGUAGCCUCUUUCCGGUGAUAAGUAAUGCAUUGGUUUUAACGGCGUUUAGGACCAUCCCAUUUUCGCUAGACCAUUUACUUAAUUUAUCCAUGUAUUCUUGAAGACGUCGUUCCAAUUCCAAAGGUGCAUUAUCGAUAUUAGCGCUGGCUUUAAAUGUGGUGUCAUCCGCGUAAGCAUGAAUAGUUGAGUCCGAUCCAACAGCUUCGGGAAGAUCAUUGACGAAAAUUAAAAACAGUAGAGGUCCUAAUAUGCUACCUUGAGGAACUCCAGUUAGCGUAAGUUGUGACGAAGUCGAGUUAUUUACAGUAACACACUGUUUGCGAUUGAGUAGAUAGCUCUGCAAUAGCUUUACAACAUUAUCUGGAAAUCUAUAUGAUCUUAACUUUAUCAGGAGAAUGUCAUGAUUGAUCAAGUCGAAUGCCUUGCUAUAGUCCACAAAAACUAAGCCGCUGACGUUGUUCUUAUCAAGGUCAAGAAGGACUUGGUCCAGAAGAAACAACAAAGCAGUAUCCGUGGAGUGGUUUUACGGAACCCUGAUUGGAAGCGGUAUAAAAGUGAAUUUUCUGUUAAGUAGGUGUUCACAGCAUUGAAGAUGUGUCUUUCAAAGACUUUAGAAAGAAUAGGCAAAAUGCUAAUAGGACGAUAGUUUUGAAUAUCUUGCUUGUUUCCUUGAUUCUUGAAAAGAGGUUUAACCUUUGCUAUUUUCCAUUGUGAGGGAAAUGUACAAGUUUCAAUACAGUGAUUUAUAAUUUUAGCUAUGGAGCAUGAUAUUUCAGGAGCUGCAAUCCUUAGAACUCUGGCACCAAGCCCAUCGAUUCCCGUGGCUUUGUGUGUAGGUAUACUUAGAAGAUAAUCGUUAACCUCACUAGGAGUUAUUUGCGGAAUAAGAUUUUCAAUUAGACUGUUAGAUUUGUCUGGUGGACCAGGAAGAGCAUCAUAAUGAAGUACAGGUGUCGACUUUUAUGAGACGUUUAUAUACAUCAACGAAGAAGCGGUUAAAGCGUUCAGCGAUUGAAUGGUCAUCCUUUAUCAAGUUGUUGUUUUCGUCAGCAAUAGGGACGGAGUCGUCGUUAUUCUUUGUAUCUUUAGAUAGGUCUUUAAUUAAAGACCAAAGUUUCUUUGGACAUUUUUGAUUUUUACUGAACUGAGUUUUAAAGUACUGUUCCUUCGCAUUUCUUAGUUUCCUCGUCACUUUGUUUUUAACCAGUUUAAAAGCAGACCAAUCUUGCUUAUUUUGUGUUCUCCUGGCCCUCUUUAGAAGAUUAUCGCGUUUAUUUAUUUCGUUGUAUAGAUCAUUAGUGAACCAUUUUGGCUGAUUGAUUUUCUUCACACUCUUGGACUUUAAAGGUGCGUGAUUAUCAAGAAUGUCAUUAAAGAUUUUGUACCAAGAUUCAACAAUGUCAUCGGCAUCUCGAAAAACAAAGGAGAUAUCCCAAGGGGCUUCUCUGAGGUCUCGCAGAAAGCACUCUUUGUUGAUUUUGUCGAUAUUUCUGUAUUUGAUUUUGGAAUGUUGUUUACGUUGUGCAUCCAUGGUUUUGUAGCACCUCAAGAUGGUGACCGGAAGGUGAUCGGAAAGUCCAGAUUUACCUAUGGAUACUUCUCUAAUUCUAGCAGGAUGACUAGAAUAAAUAUGGUCUAAGCACGCAUCAGAGGCAGGUCUUGUUACCCCAUUUACCAUCUGCGUUAGUCCAAGACUGUUCAGUGCCUUUGCGAGACAAUGUUUUGAAUAACAGUUGAAAUCAAUAUAAUCCAAAUUAAAGUCUCCCAGAAUAAUCAAUUCAUUGUUUUGGAGAUGGGCAUUUUCAAUAUUUUUACCCAAGCUCUCAUUAUAAUCUUUGUUGGCUGAAGGUGGACGGUAAACACCAGAUAUCAAAAUCGGUCUCUUUGAUUUAUGAGGACAAAUUUGAAGCCAGAGAGUUUCAAGAUCAUCCAGUUCCAAAUCUCUUCGACGUAAAGCCAUAACUUUCUCAUUUACAUACGCAAAUAUGCCGCCACCUUUCUUCCCGAUUCGAUCUUUUCUGUGUAAUGUGUAGCCGGGUAUCAUGUAAUAGCUGUUUGAAUUUUACUUGAUCCGAACGUCUCAGUGAGAAUUAAGACGUCGAGUUUAGCAGCACUGUUGUUAUUCGAGGUGAGCAUUAGCGAUAGUUCUUCCAAUUUGGUGUCAGUCAGUCGUUGGAUGUUCCAGUGGCAGACUGAUAAACCUCUGAAGCCUGCAGGUGGUUGAAGAUUAUUAGGCCCUGGAUUGACGGCAAUAUCGCCAGAUAGAAGAAUGCACAGACAAAAUUGGCCAAGCUUGAUGAACCGCAACAACGCGUGAAGCUUCAAAUUCAAUUCGCAAGGUGUGCAUUUCGAAGGCUUUGACUUACAGUUGAACGUAGGUGGAGCAGAUAUUUCCUUCCCAAUGAAGAGUGUAACUGUAGAGCGAUCGAAUUCAGGUGUAAUUGAAGUAAAUUGGCCAAGUAAAACGCUGAAAAUAGUCAAUAGAAGCACGACUGCAAAAAUAUGUCUGCACGCCAUGACUAAUUUAUGCAGCUUGUCAGGUGAGUGCUUGUCAGGUGAGUGCAGGUGAGUGCCCUCUACAGAGAGAAAUUGAAGCUUUCAAAAGUACAAGAUUAUGAUACAUGCCGUUUUCCAUUUAUUAUUCCUGUUGUUUCUAUCAAUUUGCGAAAAAAAGCUACACCUGCAAGAUAAAUCAUUUCAGUUUUUUAUAAUAUUCCCCUACCCAAACAAAGGCCAUAUUUAGUAGGGUUCCACUCGAUUGAUCUAAAGUGCUAACAAAACGAGUCUUCGAGCUCCAUUAGUGGACCAAGCUAGAUGCAAUCAUUCUUAUUUGGCUCAAUACGCUCGCCAAAAUAUUCCACACAAGCAAGGAUAUCUGCUGAAUGAUAUCAAGAAAAACCGAAAAAUGUUCAGAAUAUGAAAAAAAACUACUGAGUCAGAGGACAGGAGCAAGCAGGUACCGGGCUUUCACACCUAAGAUUUCAAUUCAUCAGUUUUAGCCUUUUCAAUACAUUCCUUAUGUUUCAAGUUAUUGAAGGUAAUAAUUCAGGUGAAAGAUGAUGAUGCCUGGAAAGGCAUCAUGAUUAUUGCUGCUUAACGGAAGGCUGCAAGUAUCGAGAGAAAAGUUGCUGUGAAUGUCUGGAACAAAUCAGGAUUAGAAGGUUAGGCUACCAACACUAAAACUUUCAUUUGAGUUUAGGGAUCAUUGGAAGCGGUGCUUAUCAUCACCGGGGAGGCGGUGGAAAUUACUUGUGCCUUCCUAAUGACCCAAAGUACGACAAAUAUACCAACAGCUGGGAGACAACGGGCGCCAUCUAUGGAACUGAGUAUGAAGUGAGUUCCCUUUAUCCGUUUACAAAUAACCUGCAUAACCACGACGCACCGUGUGCCGUGUGCUUCGUCAGAUCACGUGGUUCGCAAUUGAUGAUGCCCGCAAGGAAUGACUGUCCAUCCGGUUGGGCUAAAGAGUAUCAUGGGUAUUUGAUGACAGCUCAUUACGGCCACCAGAGCACGCGAGACUUUAUCUGCGUUGAUUGGGAGGCUGAGUAUGUCCCAGGCUCCCAAUCUGAUAAAGAUGGUGCACUGCUGUAUCUUGUUCAAGGAGGUUGUGGCUCGUUACCAUGCCUUCCAUACGUCUCUGGAAGAGAGCUGACAUGCGCUGUGUGUACGAAGUGA